AUGGCACCGAAACCUUCCCAGCCUUAUGCUUCAGUUCCUCAAAAUGAAUCUGGGUCAAGGGAAUCGGAAGAGUUUGAGUUACAGUCCAUUAAUUCUCUAGAUUUCGAAAUACCCCAAGAAUCGCACAUUGAAGAAGACGUUGUCAAUGAAGAUACCCAACCAAAAUCAAAUAUGAGAAUGGCAUUUAUGAACAUGGCUAACUCAAUUCUUGGCGCCGGUAUAAUUGGACAACCAUAUGCAUUUAAAGAAACCGGUGUGGUAGGAGGAAUAGUGGUGUUGAUUCUAUUGACGUGGUUAAUCGAUUGGACCCUUCGAUUGAUUGUCAUAAACGCGUCUUUAGCUCAUACUCGUUCUUAUCAGGAUACAGUUAUGUAUUGCUUUGGCAAAUAUGGCCGAGGACUUCUUCUAUUUGCCAUCAGUUCCUUUGCAUAUGGGGGAUGUAUGGCCUUUUGUGUGAUUAUAGGUGAUACCAUUCCUCAUGUGCUUAAGGCAUUUAUUCCUCAUUCUAUCACUCAUAGUGCUGCACUUUCAUGGCUUUUCCAUAGAAAUACCAUUACGGUAUUGUUUACUACUUGCAUCUCGUAUCCCUUGUCACUUAAUCGUGACAUCUCGAAGCUUGCAAAGGCUCUGGGCUUUGCCUUGGUAGGAAUGCUCAUCAUUGUGAUAAUAACAGUUAUCCGGGGUCAUUUUGUAGACCCUUCAUUGAAGGCAAAGCUUACUAUUCAAGAAUGGACGUUGAAUAUCAACGUUUUCCAAGGAAUAUCUGUCAUUUCCUUUGCAUUGGUGUGUCAUCAUAAUACUUUAUUCAUAUAUCAAUCCUUGGAAAGAGCAACUAUUGCAAAAUUCUCUAAAUUGACCCACGUUGCAUGCUUGGUAUCUAUGGUAUGUUGCUUCGUUAUGGGAGUGAGUGGAGUUUUAAACUUCGGUGGUAAUACAAAGGGUAAUAUAUUGAACAAUUUCAAGAGUGAUGAUAAUUGGAUCAACAUCGCUCGUUUCUGUUUUGGUCUUAAUAUGUUAACUACAUUCCCAUUGGAAAUAUUCGUGGUUAGAGACGUUCUUAAAGAUAUUGUUUUAGCUGGACAUAGUGAUGUUGGUAGUACUGGGAGCACUGCUCAUCUCGAAUUAUCGUCAAAGCAACAUUUCUUCAUAACUACCGUUUUAGUUGUUACAUCCAUGUCUGUAUCAUUAUUUACAUGCAACUUGGGAAUCAUAUUGGAACUUAUUGGUUCAACAUCUGCAUCUCUCAUGGCGUAUAUCAUUCCUCCAAUGUGUUAUUUAAAGCUCAAAUGGGAUUCGAUCGACUAUAAAACUAUGAACAAGUCUGAAAAACGUCUGUUUAUUCUACAGACAGUCCUUCCGACCGUCGGAUGUGCAAUUUUUGGAUUUUUGGUUAUGGUCAUUAGCUCUUACAUGAGUAUAUAUAAUAGCUUGCAUGACAAAUCUAAUGGACAUUGUGUUGCAGAUUAA